AUGGGCAUUUUAAAAACUCAUCAUGGACCAGUGCCUAAAACGUCUACCGUAAUGACUUCUCCUGUUACAAUCAGAACCCCAAAAGACUUUAAGGUCCCUACUUUUGUAACAAGGCCAGGGACAGAAAUAAGCCCACACUCAGAGGAAAUUCCCUUGAGACCGAAAUAUACAAUAGAAGAAUAUUCAAAGCUUCAAAUAGAAGUUGCUACGCUAAAGAAGUAA